UGAGGGCAGCACCUAGCUGCCUUUCUACAACCCUUCAAUCUGAGAUCCGCAGUGGCAUUAUUUGGCAUACGCUGGAGAAGCGCAGGACAGUCUGCAGUGAGGCAUUGUAGGGGUCAGCCACCCCGAGGAGAGAAUGAGACAGCCGAAGGAGACGAUGCUCUUCCGGAUUUUUUAAAAUAAAGGGUGGAGGACAGAGUAGCAGUGGAAGGCUGCGGUGUGGGGAUACACGCGUUCGAACUGAUGAUAACCAGCUGCAGUAGCCUAUAGGGCAGAAUCCUCGACAACGCAGUGUCAAGAAAUAUACGCGGCUAUACUGGAUAGUGCAGUUCGUGUAGUCCACACAGCUGAGUUUGGGGGACGGCAGAAUUUUUAGCCUGCCAAAAUGAACGGUAGCCGAUAUUCUAUCGAUUGGAAAUCGUUUUUAAUGUAGUGAUUUUUUUACUUGCAUCGACGAUUUUUAGUCUAUGUCAGGAAUUGCAUUCUUGAAGGAGAGUGAAUUUGAUGGCUUUCCCAUACAGAAGAAGAUAGCUAGCCUGCUGGACUACCGUUAGCUAAUAGAUUCCAAUUAGCUACCGCUUAGCUUGUGCUGAAAUAGUUACUGAUUUUGCGAUCUACACCUCGGCUGUUGACGUUUGGAAUAAUGGUUUUAAGAUUUCCCAGAUGUCCCAAAUGCAAGUUGUCAGCGUCGGUUGCCCUCGGUACAUUAGUGCUGUGCUGGUUUUACAUCUAUCCAGUCAAUAGACUUCCUAGCGACAAUCAGAUCAUAAAUGAAGUGUUACAGCUGGGACAGACAUGGAAGAAAAACGAGACGACCGUCCACUUGUACAGGGAGCUGCUGAUGGACUGCUGUGACCCUCGGGAGAAGUUUGCGGUCACCCGGGGAAACACUCCGCUGGGGACCGUCCUGUGGUACGACGGGGAGCUCUUCUACUUCCACACAGUCAGCAACCACACCUACCCGCUCUUUGUGCAGGAGUCGCCCAUUAAGGUGCCCCUGAAGAAGUGCGCUGUCGUCGGCAACGGAGGCAUCCUCAAGGGCAGCGGCUGCGGCGGGCACAUCGACCGGGCGGACUUCGUCAUGAGGUGCAACCUCCCGCCGCUGUCCGAAGACUACACGCAGGACGUGGGCUCCAGGACGCACUUGGUGACGGCCAACCCGAGCAUCAUUGUGGAAAGGUUCCAGGGCCUGAUGUGGUCGCGGAAGGCGUUCGUGGAGAGCAUGCGGGCCUACGGGCGGAGCUUCGUCUACAUGCCGGCCUUCUCCUCGCGUCCCGGGACCGACCCCUCGCUGCGGGCCGGCCACGCCCUGGCCGACUCGGGCUCGGAGCAGACGGUGCUGUUCGCCAGCCCGGACUUCCUGCGCAGCGUGGAGCGCUUCUGGAAGGGGCGGGGCGUGCGGGCGCGGCGGCUCUCCACGGGCCUGUUCCUGGCCAGCCUGGCGCUGGGGCUGUGCGAGGAGGUGGAGCUGUACGGCUUCUGGCCGUUCGCGGCGGACCCGCGCGGCCGGCCCGUGGGCCACCACUACUACAACGACGUGCCGCCGCUGUGGGGCGUCCACGCCAUGCCCGAGGAGUUCCUGCAGCUCUGGGAGCUGCACAAGGGCGGAGCGCUGCGCAUGCGCGUAGACAGAUGCCCCCGGGAGGCCGACUGACCCCCCCCCCCCCGCCCGCGACCCCCGCCGUUGCGCCACCAGUGUCCUCCCCAGCCCAGGGACACGCCGCACCCCCAUGCCCCGCCCUCCCUCUCUCCCCUCCCCUCCCCUCCCUCCCUCCCUCCCUCCCUCCCCCUCGUCUCAGGCGUGACAUGGUUAGCUAAAGCAGCAGAGCGAGUGUUGUGGCUUUGUGUGUCAGCACUAUUAACGCCACAGGCAUUGGUCAAUCAUUUGAAAUGGGAAUUUCCAAAAGGACAAAGUACCGCGAGUGUCAGCUUCCUGGUCCGUCAGGAACAGCCCUUGUGUUUUCCCUAGCUGUUUGCUUAUCCCUGUACCCUGGAAAUGACUUCUAGGCGCCCACGCUCCCCCCAGAUUUGGGAGGGUUUCCAGGUUUUACUGGCGCAGUUAUGUAUCUGACUUCCCGAAACAGGCUCCUGAAACUGUGAUGCUUUGUGUGUUUCGGUCAGCUGGGAGGCUGUAAGGGGUUCCUCUGUUUUUGUGUGUGUUCCCUUUUUCUUGAUGUCUGCUUUGUAGUUUUCAGUUUGCUAUGUUUCAGAAUUCUUCGCAAAAAGAAAACCCUUUCACUGAUGAUGAUCGGGAGAAUAAGGGAAAUGUUGUAAACUCUGCACUCCUAUAUGUGAAAGGUUUAGAUUCUUUUCUCUGUGGGAUUUUUGUAUCCAUUAGUAUUUUACAUUUUCUCCGACACGUUUUCAUCAUUUUGUUUUAUCAGAGUGCCACGAGCCUGACCAGUUAUACACAAGGUUUUGUAACAGUACAGAAGUUGGUCAAGUGUUUUUGUCACAAAUUUCUGCUGUAAGUUUGAGUAACUUUUUUUACUGUGUUCAAAAUGGCUGUGAACAGAAAAAUACCUCAGUUGGCCAUUUUGACUGGUCUAGUGUUUCCGAGGUGACUGUGAUAAUUUCUUUGUUUGACAGCUUGAACUGUACUGCAUGAUGCCGUUCUGCAUUCAUUUUGUGUUUUCUUGACGUUUGUGAAUUUUGUCGCUCAUUUCUUCGCCUGACCAUCAUAUAGAGGGAAGAGGGAAUAGAGGACGAAUGAGCCUGGACCCACCAGAGGGAAAAAAAAACAAAAAAAAACUGCAUUUCCCAAAAGGACAAGAUUUGCGUAAAAUAAACGCAGUUUAAAAUUUUCA